UGGGCCUGGCGCUGCGAUUGAGGCGGCGGCAAGCGAGCGGGGUGCGGGUGGUGGGACCCGAGAAACCGGCAUGGACGUUUCGGGGCAGGAGACCGACUGGCGGAGCGCCGCCUUCCGGCAGAAGUUGGUCAGUCAAAUGCAUUUCCUGCAAGGCUGUAAGCAAGAGAAGGUUCAGAGCCUGGUGGCAGUGAGGAUGCUCAUCUCCACAUCAUGUCAGGAGUGGUGCAGGGAGACAAGCCAGCAUUGGAGCUGGGGUAGAUUUGUUGUGGCCACAAAUGGCAGGCUGCUGUUAAAAUGGCAUGGGAGACACUACAUAACAUGUUGAUGUUGAGAAGAGCAGCGAGGAUGCCAUGAGAAAAGCUGGCGUGGCCCACAGUAAAUCCAGCAAGGAUAUGGAGAGCCAUGUGUUCCUGAAGGCCAAGACGCGGGACGAAUACCUUUCUCUCGUGGCCAGGCUCAUUAUCCAUUUUCGAGACAUUCAUAACAAGAAAUCUCAAGCUUCUGUCAGUGACCCGAUGAAUGCACUGCAGAGCCUGACUGGUGGACCUGCUGCGGGAGCAGCUGGGAUCGGCAUGCCUUCUCGGGGCCCAGGACAAUCCCUGGGUGGGAUGGGUAGCCUUGGCGCCAUGGGACAGCCAAUGCCCCUCUCAGGGCAGCCACCCCCUGGCACCUCAGGGAUGGCCCCCCACGGCAUGGCUGUUGUGUCUACAGCAACUCCACAGACCCAGCUGCAGCUCCAGCAGGUGGCGCUGCAGCAGCAGCAGUUCCAGCAGCAGCAGGCGGCGCUGCAGCAGCAGCAGCAGCAGCAACAGCAACAGCAGCAGUUCCAGGCCCAGCAGAGUGCAAUGCAGCAGCAGUUCCAGGCCGUGGUGCAGCAGCAGCAGCAGCUCCAGCAGCAGCAGCAGCAGCAGCAGCACCUCAUCAAGCUGCAUCACCAGAACCAGCAGCAGCUCCAGCAGCAGCAGCAGCAGUUGCGCAUGGCCCAGCUGCAGCUCCAGCAGCAGCAGCAGCAGCAGCAGGCACUGCAGGCCCAGCCGCCUAUCCAGCCACCGGCCGUUCCGCAGCCACAGCCACAGCCGCUGCAGCCGCUACACCACACACAGCACCACCAGCCGCAGCCACCGCCACCCACACAGCCGCCAGCUGCGCAGAACCAGCCGCCACCACUCCCACCACAGUCGCAGGCACAGCCCUUGGUGUCCCAGGCACCGGCACUCCCCACACAGAUGCUGUACUCCCAGCAACAGCUGAAACUCGUCCGAGCUCCGAUGGUGGUGCAGCAGCCGCAGGUGCAGUCCCCAGCGCAGCCACAGGCCGCAGGGCCGGCAGCCCAGGCCUCCCAGAUAGUGGGUUCUGGAGUCCAGAUGAUCAACGCAGCCUUGGCCCAAGGCGGGAUGCAAGUAAGAGCCCGGUUCCCGCCCACCACCGCUGUGUCUGCCGUCCCGUCAAGUUCCAUCCCUUUGGGCGGACAGCCCUCGGCACAGGUCAGCCAGAACACCCUCACCAUGCUGCCCUCGCCGUCACCCGGCCAGCAGGUGCAGACCCCGCAGUCGAUGCCACCUCCCCCCCAGCCGUCCCCGCAGCCCGGCCAGCCCAGCUCGCAGCCCAACUCCAAUGUCAGCUCCGGCCCCGCCCCUUCCCCCAGUAGCUUCCUGCCCAGCCCCUCACCACAGCCUUCCCAGAGCCCAGUGACAGCACGCACUCCACAGAACUUCAGUGUUCCCUCCCCGGGACCUCUGAACACUCCUGUGAACCCCAGCUCCGUCAUGAGCCCAGCCGGCUCCAGCCAGGCCGAGGAGCAGCAGUACCUGGACAAGCUAAAGCAGCUGUCCAAGUACAUCGAGCCCCUGCGCCGCAUGAUCAACAAGAUCGACAAGAACGAAGACCGAAAAAAGGACCUGAGUAAGAUGAAGAGCCUUCUGGAUAUCCUGACGGACCCCUCCAAGCGGUGCCCCUUGAAAACACUGCAGAAGUGUGAGAUUGCCCUGGAGAAACUCAAGAAUGACAUGGCGGUGCCCACACCCCCACCACCCCCAGUGCCGCCAACCAAGCAGCAGUACCUGUGCCAGCCACUUCUGGACGCGGUCCUGGCCAACAUCCGCUCGCCCGUGUUUAACCACUCCCUGUACCGCACGUUUGUGCCGGCCGUGACGGCCAUCCACGGCCCUCCCAUCACGGCCCCGGCAGCGUGUGCCCGGAAGCGUAGGUUUGAAGAGGACGAACGGCAGAGCAUCCCCAAUGUGCUCCAGGGGGAGGUGGCCAGAUUGGACCCGAAGUUCCUGGUGAACUUGGACCCUUCUCACUGCAGUAACAACGGCACAGUCCACCUGAUAUGCAAGCUGGAUGACAAGGACCUCCCGAGCGUGCCCCCGCUGGAGCUCAGCGUACCUGCAGACUACCCCGCCCAGAGCCCCCUGUGGAUCGACCGGCAGGGGCAGUAUGGUGAAUGCCAACCCCUUCCUGCAGUCAGUGCACCGGUGCAUGACCUCACGGCUGCUGCAGCUUCCCGACAAGCACUCGGUCACCGCCCUGCUCAACACCUGGGCGCAGAGCAUCCGCCAGGCCUGCCUCUCAGCUGCCUAGCCACCACCACUGCUGUAUGUGGGGCCGCCCGCCCGCCUGCCUGCCCACUGGGGACUGAGGGGGCAGCCGCAGCCUUGUGCUGGCUGCAGAGGACACACCUCAUGUCUGCCGGUUCUAGGUGUUGACUCCCUUAGAGAGCCUGGGCUUAGGUUAGCUUUCCUGCUUUUAUCUUCUGCCUUGGGGACCUGCCGUUCUCCCAUCCUUGUCCAGGACUGAGGCAGUGGCACCCAGGUUGGGGUGGGGCUUCCCCCAGGGAGUUGGACGUGCCCCAUCCCUGGGCAUUCCUCCCUGGGUGCUGUCCCCCAGCCUCAGCAACACCCAUGUCCUUCCUCUGUAGCAUGGGGGAGAAUUCAGGGUCUUGUUAGAGCCUUGUUUGUGCCAGAAAACAUUUCUACCCGUUUCUGUAGGGGAACAUGGAGAACAUAGGAAGCCAUUAAAACACAGAAUCCUCUGAUCAUAGUUUGGGUUCAGACUGUACCACCAUUGGCAUGUAGGGCACACCACCCCGAAGUUCCCAGAUCCUGGGGUGCCAGCUGUGUUUGCAGGGAAGGCCAGCCUGCAGGCAGCUAUGGGUCCCCUCCACCAACUGGGCCUCAUACCUCAUGGCAUUCUCCCUUCAAGCCCUGUGGGCUCACUCAGCACUGUGGGGAUGCCUGGGGUGCAGGGCCAUCCUGUCCCUGGCGCUGUGCCCUCUAGCUGGGUGCUUGGGCCCACUCUCGGGUCAGGGGACUGUCCUGAGGACCUGGAGUCUGCACAGCCACUCCAGAGAGCGAGGGCUCUGGGCGGGGCAUCAGCCAGCUGGCCCUCUGGUGACAAGAGGUCUUCCCCUUUUGUAUGUGCACUACCGUGUCAUCUGUGGUUCUUAAAAUAAAUUUAUUAUUCCUG